AUGCAUUCCUCUGCUGCCUCUAAUUGCCACGCCAGCAGCACUCUAGAUCACAAAACUAGUUUCUCCAAAGGCAACACUUCAACCAAGGCAGCCAAGACGCAUGUCUCGCUUUCCAAACUCCAUGACGAGCUUUCGGCUGUUAUUACUGCUGUGGCAACCAACUCCCCCACCAAGUGCCCGACGGAUAACCAGCUCCGACAGAUACCCGUCCCCACAACUUCCCCCUUCGCCUAUAACGACCCCCUAAUGUUCACUCAGGGUUUUUCCAAGUUUCAACAGCCCCUGUCUGCUUCUCCACCCUCGCCGUCCUCCUCCUUUGAUGGAUCAUUUUUUGGCGAAAGCAAAGUCCCU